UUUCGAAAAAUCACUCCAAAUAUGACCCGUGAGGAUGCACCCCAGAAUUAUAUCCGUCAUAAAUAUCUCUCACCGACCAUUUGCUAUUUGGAGAAUGGCAAGACUCAGCCUUUCAGUGGCAUGUUUGCCCUGUACUUCAACACCUUUUUGGGUGCCACAAAUGCAGAGUUCUUCACGUAUCCUAUGGAUGUCACCAAGACUCGCCUGCAUUUGCAGGGAGAGGCGGCGGAGAAGUCGGGACGGGGUAAGCCCCGGCUCGGAAUGAUGGGCACUGCUCUGGGCAUGGCACGGCAGGAGGGUCUGAGCGGUCUCUAUGCCGGAUUGUCCGCCAUGAUCAUCAGGAAUCUCUUCUUCAAUGGCUUGCGUGUGGUAUUCUAUGACUGCCUUCGCUCGAGAUUGGCCUAUGUCGAUCCUGGCAGUGACAAGGAGGUUUUGACAGUGUCCCGUGGAUUUGGUGCAGGUUGCUUGGCAGGGUGUGCUGCUCAGUUUAUAGCCAAUCCUCUGGACGUUGUCAAAAUUCGCAUGCAAAUGGAGGGCAGACGCAGGGCUCUUGGACAUCCGGCGCGAGUGAGUAAUGUCAGGCAGGCAUUGGGGGAUGCCUACCAGCAUGGCGGCUUGCGAUCGUUGUGGAAGGGCUGUGGCCCCAGCUGUGCACGCGCCAUGCUAAUGACAGCUGGGGACACAGCCUGCUACGAUCUAAGCAAACGUCACUUCAUGGCCUGGCUACAAUGGCCAGAUGACCUUUUCAUUCAAUUUCUAUCGUCCAUUUCUGCGGGUUUUGCAGCAAGUGCUUUGAGCACUCCCACGGAUGUGGUCAAGUCGAGGAUUAUGAAUCAGCCGACGGAUAAGUCUGGCAAAGGUCUGCACUAUAAGAACGCCUUCGACUGCUAUUUAAAGCUCAUCACACAAGAGGGUCCCACGGCCAUGUACAAGGGUUUUAUACCCUGUUGGAUGCGCAUAGGUCCUUGGUCGGUGGUAUUUUGGGUUACCUUUAAGAACCUCAGAAAGUUGCAGGGACAAACGGGGUUUUGAGAUGUACGAAAUCAGGGAAUAUUUUAACAAAAUUAACAAAAUUUCUCUAAAAAUAGACAUAAAUUUUUAAAAGUAUACCUAAAUGAC